AUGCCGGGCUCUAGGCAAAAGAGGCUGGGUGACUGGCUCCCAGACCACGAAGUCCACCGAGAAUGGCUCAGCGGCGUGGUCCAGGAGGUCGACCAGAACCCGAAAGAACUCCAUCCGGUGCUGGCUCAGUUCAAGGAGUUGAUCGAAAACAACACUCGAGUGUACAUGCUCUUUGAGUCCAUGUUCGAGCAAGUCCCCAACAAGGAGCCCUACAACAACGAUCCGCGGGGACAAGGCCACCCUCAAGUCCGCGACUACGUUCACAUGCUUCAUGUCAUCAACCACAUUUUGACCUCCCCGCCGUCGUGGUCCGAGGGCUCGGCUCGCGUUGGGCUGGUCGGUCUUCCAUUCAACGCCCUAUUCGACUGGCCCAUGGGAACAGCCUCGGGAUAUGCAGUGUUUCUUGAUCCGGACAUUAACAAGAUGCUGAAGAAGGUCCUCAAUGCUUGGGGGGAUUUCCUCUGCUCCCCCGAGUCGGCCAGGGUUUUGGAGAAGGACGCGCGAGGAAGCUGGUUUAGUUCGCAUGGCCAGGAGGAGCUCACCGUGACGGCGAAUGUGGGAAAGACGAGCUACAAAUUCGAGGAAUUGUUCCGGUGCAAUCCAUCAGCACCACACAUGGGCUACAAGUCAUGGGAUGAUUUUUUCACCCGACUGUUCAAGGAGGGUGCUCGGCCUGUUGCUAGUCCGGAGGACGAUAAUGUGAUUGCAAACGCAUGCGAAUCAAAGACCUUCAAAGUGGCGCGCAACGUCAAGGCCCGAGACCAUUUCUGGCUGAAGGGACAGCCAUAUUCGGUCAUCGACAUGUUAGCACAGGAUGCCUGGGCGGAGCAAUUUGUUGGCGGCACGGUAUACCAAGCGUUCCUCAGCGCGUUGAGCUACCAUCGGUGGCAUGCCCCAGUGUCUGGUAAAUUGGUUAAAGCAUACCUGGUUGAGGGAACAUACUACUCAGAACCUUUGUUCGAAGACUUCCAAGCCGACUCGCCGGCGGAUCCUGAAGGGGAAGUGACCAGUCAAGGCUAUUUGACGGCCACAGCCACACGGGCAAUCAUGUUUUUUGAAGCGGACAAUCCGGCGAUUGGGCUCAUGGCAUUCCUGGGAAUUGGCAUGUGCGAAGUGUCGACUUGCGAAAUGACGGUCAGGGAGGGACAGCACGUCAACAAGGGCGAUGAGAUUGGCAUGUUCCAUUUCGGAGGAUCAACUCAUUGUUUAAUGUUUCGGAAGGGCGUCGACGUCGAAGGGUUUCCGGAGCCACAUCCCGAGCACAACAUUGCGGUGCGAAGUGAACUGGCAAGGGUGAAGGUGAAGUCGACAUCGACAUGA